AGUUCAGAAUCAAGAUGGCGGCAGAUCUGAGCAGAUCUCAGCCCGAAAAACGCAAAAGAUAUCACUUUCUUCUCUCUUCCUUCACCCAAGAAGAAAGAGAAGAACUAAAUAAUGCAAUACAAACCUUAGGAGGCAUUUAUACGGAAACACCACAUUUUUUCUCAAGUUCAAGCCACAUUGUUUGUAAAAAGCCUAAUCGUGGUGAAAAGUUUCUUUGUGGAUGUGCUACAGGCAAAUGGAUUCUCAAUAAGGAUUAUAUCAUGGAUAGUGCAAAGGCUCAAAGAUGGCUUGAUGAGGAUGCAUAUGAAUGGAAUAAAGACAGUAACAUUACUGGCAUACCACUUGAUCAUGUGUCUGCUCCCAUGCGCUGGAGAAAAGCAUACGAUGUGACUCAGCGAGGACCGUUCCAUGGGUGGAGAACAUUGGUUGUGAUCAAAGAUGCGAAAAGGAAGAUUGCAUAUAAAAGGCUUCUAGAUGCAGGACAAGCAACCGUGUUAAAUGCUAGGCCACCAUUCCAAGCUAAUCUGGUUGAAAAAGUUACUCAUGUAUUUGCUGAAAAAGCCAUGGAGAAGGUUGUGCAGUGCUUUCUUGAUGCAGGAAUCCCUUGUCUUUCUCCUGAUUACAUCCCAGAAUACAUACUACAGGAUCCCAUUCCAUCAAUGGAUGACUUUUCCAUUCUCAAUUACUCCAACCCAAAAGCAAUUCCAAAGACUGUCAACAGAGAACCAACCAACCGAUACAUCACCCCAGUAUACCCCCCUGGGGAAUGUGGAGCACCCAAGACAAAGUCAAGAAUCAGUGACAUCAAGAUGAGAAACCAGGGGCAGAAGAGACAAGCCGAGGCAAUCUUGAUUGAAGACCACCCCUCCCCACCCAAGAAACUCAAACAGAUAAAGAAUCAUGAGGAAAUUUUCCCCAAUUGGCUUGAAUGGCACAGCACUAGUCCUUGGGUGCUAAAUAUGGACUUGACUACUUGUGAAAGACCUUCAAAUCAAGCACAUCUUAAGUCUAAAAAGUCAGUCUCCACCUUCCCAACGUAUGUUGUCAAUGCUAUUGAUAGUUACUUAGAAGAAGAGGGACAUGAAUCAAUAGUCCUAUCGACAAUCACUUCAUUUCUGUCCAGUACCAGACACCCAGCACCUAGCCUCGUAUACACCAUUAUUAAUAGAUUCUUACUGAAGGCAUCAACACCACAAUUAGCUAGUCAGGCAUACAUGGUGCUACAUCAUCUGGUUUCUCUCCACCCUCCCCCUGUUAGGAGCUAUUUGUAUCAACAGGCAAUGCAGUCCCCAAUAAGUUCAAGUAAAGGAAUAGUCAAGGCCAAAUCAAGUGCAUGGGAAUUCCUAUCUGACACAUUUAGCUUGGCAUUAGAAGUGAAAAAUGGUAAUUACAUCAAGGAUGCUAGUACUUCAAGGCAAACAAGAGACAACAGUUUACUCCUUAUCAAAUUCCUCUGUGGUGUUUUAGAAAAAGACUUUCAAGCUGUAAAAGAAAAGAAGGAAUAUUCAGGAGGUUUGUACACGCAUAAAGAGUCACUAAUAUGGAACAUUAUAUGGCCAGAUGGCCAAGGUGGCUCUGUUAAUCGUGCAGUUCGACAGCUUUUCAAACUAUUAUGGAUCAGUGCUAAACAAUCAGAAGAAGACAAUGUCAAGAUCCAAGUCCUCUUGGCCCUCCAGGGUCUGGUUGCCAUGGUAGCAGCAUGCUUUGAAUACAUGGACCAAUCAACAUUGGGUACUAAUACCUCUGGUGCUAAAGUUGGAUCAAGAAUGGUAUCCCUAGCAACAGAGUUGGUUUUAACAUGUGGCAGGUCACAUGAUCAGGAGGGUAGUCUUAGGAUGUUGCUGGAGAGUUGCCGUCCUGCUUGGCUCAAGAUGAAGGUGCUUGAUAUCAUGCUGCAUUCAUAUGAUGAUUGUCUAGUGCCCCAAGAAAGUAAACAUCUCUUGGCUAAAGGACUGUGUAUGGAGAAAAUUGUUUGCUGUUACUUCUUCCUACUUCCAGUAUCAAGCACCACAAGCCCAGCAAUGAAUGUGGAGAAUACAAGCCCUGAGUCAGACCCCAUAACGAACAAAGAUGCUUCAAGACAUACUGCACUGAGGUUGAUUACGGAUGCCAACACCUACCACAGUAUAUCCAAUGACCUACACAAAGAACCAGCAAUGAAACUUAAGAAAUUGAUGGUCAAUAAAAGAAAUGCCCGUGGUGAAACCCCAUUGCAUAAAGCAGCAAUCAAGAAUGAACCACCAAAGAUCCGAGAAUUGAUUGAAGCUGGUGCUGAUGUCAAUCUAACUGACCAUGCUGGCUGGACUCCUUUACAUGAGGCUUGUAACCAUGGCAAUGAGGCAUGUGUUGAAGAGAUCCUUAAAGUACGACCACUUGUCUAUAAGACAACUAGGAAUGAAGGCAUGCCAGGUCUGUACAUCCUUGCAUCUCCAUGCUGUGGAACAACUCCUCUACAUGAUGCAGUGAACAAUAACCACAUGAAUGUGGCUAAGCUUUUACUGGAAGCAGGAGGAUUACCAUUACUACAAGCCACAAAUAAAGAUGGUCUUACACCACUAGAUGUAUCUGUCAGUGAAGCCAUGACUACAUAUCUAAAGACUACUGAAAGAAAUCUUCUAAACAAAACCAACCAACUUCAUCAAACCAAUAAAGAUGGAGAACAAGCAAGCAUUUUAAGGGUGCCUUCUGAUAAGGAGUACUUCAAGGUGUUAGGAAAGAAAGGCUGCAAACUUGCACACAUAUCUGAAAACUGCCAUGUCUACCUGUUGUUGCUGUCUCAGUUAGUUCAAAGCUAUGCAAGGCUAUAUAAUCUUGGUUAUAUACAUAGAACUGGUGUGAAUAAUGAUGGUAUAAGUGAGAAGGGGCUACAGGAAGCAAUGGAUGGCUCCAUAAUGUGCACCUUUUCUUCGCAUGUGGAGAAACUCAAGUGUCAUCUUAACAAAGUGACAUCUGGUUAUCAGCUUAGCACUUUAUGUCAAUCUAGGUUAGAAGCUAUGAAAUUUAUAUAAAAAUGACUUGACUGGAAAAAAUGAAGUUGUUUCUCUAAUAUUUGCAAUGACCAUAGAAUAUUACUAAGGAAGCAAAAAAUGAGACAAAAUAUUUUGUGGUAAAAGGAUGGAAAAUUAAUCCAAUUUGAUCAAGCUCAAACAAUUUUCAUAGUGACAAUGAAAUUAUUAUCAGAUGACUUUCUUUAAUAUAUUUAAAGCUAUCAAAAAAUAAAAAUAAAAACUGAAAAUAAGCUAGAAUUGACAGAAUUAAAUGUUACAGUUUUAUGGCAAGAGAUAAUCUCUGCAACAACAAAAUCAUGUUUUGUUAUAAAGCUAUAGGCCCCUUGAAUUUAUUACCUAGGGGAAUUGUUCUGGGGGACAAAGCAAUAGGCAGUAUUUACAUAUGCAAAAAAAAUAUUGUUUUUGACCCCCAGAACAAUAAUUCCUCUCCAGAAUCAUCGCAAGGGGUCUAUUUGCUGUGUAAUUUAUCUCAGCGAUAAAAAUUAUACAAUGUUGUACAUAAAAAAGAAUAUU